UUCUUACGAGGCAUUGGGGUUUAGAUAGCUCGCUCAUUCCAGGGGAGGAGGAAGAUCGAUCCACAAUCGCCAUGGCUGCUGGGACUGGGCCAUUCGAGGAGAUCAUCGACGGCGGCGUCUACAAGUACUACGCGGAUGGCGAGUGGAGGACAUCGUCGUCGGGCAAAUCGGUCACGAUUUACAACCCCUCCACCCGGGAGGCGCAGUACAAGGUCCAAGCAUGCACGCAAGAAGAGGUAAACAAGGCGAUUGACAGCGCCAAGGCGGCGCAAAAGCUGUGGGCAAAGGUACCGCUGUGGAAGCGCGCGGAGGCGCUCCACAAGGCGGCGGCGCUGCUCAAGGAGCUCAAGGAUCCCAUCGCCGAGUGCCUGGUGAAGGAAAUCGCCAAGCCUGCCAAGGAUGCGGUCUCGGAGGUGGUUCGAUCUGGAGAUCUCAUUUCAUACACCGCGGAAGAGGGUGUGAGGAUUUUGGCGGAGGGCAAGUUUCUAGUCUCUGACAGUUUCCCGGGCAAUGACAGGACUAAGUUAUGUCUCACUUCAAAGAUCCCUCUUGGAGUUGUCCUGGCCAUCCCUCCAUUUAAUUAUCCGGUGAAUCUCGCAGUGUCUAAGAUCGCUCCCGCUUUGAUCGCUGGAAAUGCUAUCGUGCUGAAGCCGCCCACGCAAGGGGCUGUUGCCGGCUUGCACACCGUGCAAUGCUUCCAUCGAGCUGGAUUCCCGAAGGGCUUGAUAAGCUGUAUAACAGGAAAGGGCUCGGAAAUAGGCGACUUUUUAACAAUGCAUCCUGGGGUCCAUUGUAUAAGCUUUACAGGUGGUGACACUGGUAUCGCCAUUUCCAAAAAAGCCGGGAUGAUUCCACUCCAGAUGGAGCUCGGUGGAAAAGAUGCUUGCAUUGUUCUAGAUGAUGCUGACAUUGAUCUUGCUGCUGCUAACGUUGUGAAAGGCGGCUUCUCUUACAGUGGCCAACGUUGUACCGCUGUGAAAGUAGUGCUCGUCAUGGAAUCCGUGGCCGACGAUCUUGUCUCCAAGGUGAAUGCGAAGAUUGCAAAGCUGAAAGUAGGUGCGCCUGAAGAUGACUGCGACAUUACUGCUGUGGUGACCGAAUCGUCUGCGAACUUUAUCGAAGGACUCGUGAAGGAUGCAAAAGAAAAGGGUGCAACGUUCUGUCAGGAAUACAAGAGGGAAGGCAACCUCAUAUGGCCAUUGCUGCUGGACCACGUUAGACCCGACAUGCGAAUAGCCUGGGAAGAGCCAUUCGGUCCUAUUGUGCCUGUCAUCCGGAUAAGCAGCGUGGAAGAAGGAAUCCACCACUGCAAUGCGAGCAACUUUGCGCUUCAGGGAUGCGUCUUCACCCGGGACGUAAACAAGGCGAUGAUGAUAAGCGACGCAAUGGAAACCGGAACCGUGCAAAUCAAUUCUGCCCCUGCCCGUGGUCCCGAUCACUUCCCCUUCCAGGGACUCCGAGACAGUGGCAUCGGCUCUCAAGGUGUCACAAACAGCAUCGCGAUGAUGACCAAGAUAAAGACCACGGUCAUCAACCUCCCGGCUCCAUCAUACUCCAUGGGUUGAUCGAUCGACUCGAUCAACUCGAUCGAGCGAGCGAGCAAGGGGAGAGUCUGAUCGAUCCGAGAUCUUGAUAUGCUGAGAAAUACUCACAUAACUCACUCAGGUUGCUAAAUGUUGCCUAGAUAAUGAUGAACAAUGUGUUGGUUUUCCUGGCUAUGGAACGCGUUGACUAUUUUUCUGGGCAGUAACAGAACGCGCGUUGACAAUUUCCAGGCCAGCGGAUUUUUUUAAAAUUAAAAAUCUCUGAAAGAAUAUUUUCGGGAAUC